GUUUUGCCCCCAAAAAAGCGUCCCUGCUUCGUAGACAAUAUCCUUUUUUCUUCACCUUAGCAUUCCAAAUCUUUAUUCGGUUAUUCCUUUGACGACAGCACCGUUGCCAAUCUCAUCUCCACCUCCAUCCGCUCCGCCCCAGACUGCCCAUCAACUGCCCGUAACUACCUCGCAAACCUCCUCCUCCUCCUGCGUCCACCACAAGUUGAUUUUGAUUUCGAAUUUUUCAUCCAUCCAUAUCAGAUUGAGAAUCAGGGUUGGGUAGUUUUCGCCGAAAAUGCCGUCUCUUCAAACAGCACUGCCUCCUGAGCUGGCCAACAAUGCCAUUAGGCUUUACCGUGAAUGCCUACGAAGAGCUAAGUAUAUUGGCCAUCGGCAACAUAACACACAGCUUCUUGUUGAUAUGGUGAGACAACAGUUUAAGCAAAACAUGCACGAGACAGAUCCUGAAAAGAUUCAGCAGUUAAAGGAUAAUGCAGCAAGGGGACUUAUCAACCACAUACUAUAUGAGUCAGAGCAAUUAUCUGGUCGUAAAUUUAGCAAGAGUCCUAAAGCAGUUUAGUUGGCUCUGUUCUUAAUUAUUCAACCCCUUCAUCAAUGCAAGGUUUGUCAGAUCGUGCAUUGGCCGAAUCUUCCAAAGGGCUGGAGAGAUUGUUAUACUCAUGAAAAAAAUAAAAUUGUAGAAAAUAACAUGGUGCCUUUUUCUUUUACUAGUGCUUUUCAUGUCAAGAGUUCUAAAGUUUCUUAAAAUUACAUUUUACGUUCUGUCAAAUGACCUUGUCUAUGAUACAUUAAAAGAUUCCAAGCUGAAGUCUCCUUCAAGAUAUCGUGGCAUUAUGUUCCAAUAUAUGACAUUGUUACUCCUGGAUUUCUGAUAGUUUAGGUGGUUA